AUGAGCAAUCUUGAUUCUCAAAGACAAGAGUCUUUGAAAAUGAGGUGGCAAGAGAGGAGACUCAAGGCAAUAGAAGAAAGCCAAAAGAUUAAUCCCACGGCCUCUCCCAACUUCUAUACCAGACUACUUGGUGGUGGUGCAAAUCCAUCACCAUUAAGGGGAAACCCUAAAAACAAUAUCCAAAUGUUUCCUGGUGGUUUUGAUGAUGAUCUUGUUUCGGCAUUGGUGCCACCGUUGACUGUUGUUCUUGAAGGCCGUUCCAUUUGCCAUCGGAUUAGCCUUGACAAGCACACAAGCUACCAAAGCUUAGCUAGGGCCCUGAGACAAAUGUUUGUUGAUGGGGAUGCUACUGGACUCCCAUCAGAUGGUGAACUUGAUCUUUCCAAUGCGAUUCCUGGUCAUCUCAUUGCUUAUGAAGACAUGGAAAAUGAUCUACUUCUUGUUGGUGACCUCAACUGGAAUGACUUCGUUAGGGUGGCAAAAAGGAUCAGAAUACUGCCAAUAAAAGCAAAUUCAAGAAAGGGAAAGGGAGAGAAAUAG